AUGUUCAUCCCCAUCAUCUCUCCCCUGAGCCAACGGCUGUACCCUCGCAAAGGCGGCGGGGGCGGGGGUGGUCACGGGAGCGGUGGUGGUCACUCUGGCAGCAGUGGCGGACACUCUGGCAGUAGUGGCGAGAGCGGCGGCAACGGUGGAAGCAGCGGGAGCAAGGGCAGCAACAUCGGCAAGAGUACCCAGAAGUCUGUCCCCAUCUCCGGCUCAACAGCAGGAAGGACCUCGGCGACGGCAUACGGCAGUGGAACGACGCGCAUUUUCACUAUCCCUGCGGGCCAGCCGUUCGCUGGUCGUACAUCUGGCGGCGCCAUACGCGGCCAAGUAUAUGGAACAUCAAGGUACGGCAGUGGCUACCCAGGAUUCGUCGCCGGUAGCGUCUUGGGGCGACCAUUCCCAUUUGUCUUCUGGCCUGUUGUCUGGGGCCCCGGUUAUGGAUAUGGCCCAUAUUAUUUGCACGAUCCCGAGUAUGGCCUCCCAAGCAACACCAGCCGACCGGGUGGGCCCUUGGCGGAAGCUAUAUUCACGUCAAACAGCACGGGCAGCAACAGCACGUUUUUUGUGAUUUCGGACAAUAGCACCGUGACCUCACUGAUCGCGUCAAUCGCCCAGAAUUGCACCCUUGGUGCGUCGUCGUCGAGGGUACCGGCGCCAUACAACGCCACUCAGGACCAGCCCCUGCCCGAGCAGGCCGUCGCGUUCUACCGUGCGAGCAGCAUCGUGCUGACUCUGGAUGGAUACAACGACACCGCGGUGCUUGGGAAUGACACGAAUGUCACCGCCACGGCCCUUCCAAGCUGGGUGGAUACGACGUUGCUGAAUUGUCUCAACCAGACGAUUGGGCAGUCAGCGCCGCUGUUUAGCAGCGCGCACCACCUUACGCCAAAUGUCCUGGCUAUCUUCAUGGUGCUGUUCGUAAUGUUCAACUCUUUCCGCCUGUGA